CUGCUUCUCGACAAAGGCGCUAGAAUCAAUACCGUCCCGCCUCAGGGCACGUACGGCAAUCCGCUGCAGGCGGCCGCGAAAGAGGCACAUGUCAACAUGGUCCGGUUCCUGCUUGACCGUGGCGCAGACGUGAACGCCGUGGGAGGCAAAUACGGAACUGCCCUGCAAGCCGCAAUAUCCGUCGGCUCGGACGCGCUCGUGAAGACACUCCUCGAUGCCGGCGCCGAGGCGUCCAUUGAAGGCGGGUGUUACGGCUCUGCGCUGCAGGCUGCCGCAACAAUGCAUGGGAAGCAGUAUGUUCAGCUGCUUUUAGACCGCGAUGUGCCUGUCAAUACUAACGUAGGUAAAUACGGUAAUGCGCUCGCUGCGGCAGCGAAGUGUGCUAAUAAAGAAGCCGUGGAAAUUCUCCUUGCCCAUGGUGCC